CGGUGUGAUCACGGAAACCGUCAUAGAGCACCGCACUACACAAUUUCCUAAAAUAAAGAGGUUUUCUUUCUCGUCAAAUUCCCCUCUUUUUCGUUUUCUCUCUUACCUUAUUUCACUGUUAUUCCGAACCGGCUUUCGAUUUCCAGGACAAGGUCAAACACAAGCCACCAUGGUUAAAGCCUACUCCCAAGAACACACAUACAAGCACCCAUGGGAGCGAGUGACAUCAGCAUCAUGGCGCAAAUUUGCUGACCCAGAAAACAAACGCAUCUUAUCUCACAUCCUAGAAGUCGAUACAUUAAACCACAACCUUGAUUCCAAAUCAGGGAAGCUCUACACAACACGAGCCAUCACCAUUCAUGCUCCUGGGCCAUGGUUUCUUCGCAAGAUUGUUGGUCAAGAUAUCUGCCAUUGUGUUGAAUCAACUGUUGUUGAUGCUAAAACUCGAUCAAUGCAGCUUGCUACCAAGAACAUUAGUUUGCAGAAAUAUGUGGAAGUGGAGGAGAAGAUUAGGUAUGAUCCACACCCUGAGAAUCCAAAUGAGUGGACAAUUUGCAGGCAGGAAACAAGCAUUAGGAUAAAACCGUUGUCCACUCUGGCAUCAAUGGCGGAGAAGAUAGAACAGAAAUGUGUUGACAAGUUUCAGCAGAAUAGUGCUAAGGGUAGGGAGGUGAUGGAGAGGAUGUGUAAGUAUCUGGAAGCUGAAUCAUCUUCCAGGGGUAUUUCUGUCUGAUUGUUACUGUAGGGUGUUUUUAUUUUUGUGAGACAUUUUUGAGGUGUCUGUUGUUUUGAAAUAGGAGGAAAAUAUUAGUAGGAAAUAUAGCAAGUAAUAAAUGGACUGUGGUCUUCUAAUUAUGAGGCACAAAGAGAGAGCUUCCAAAGUUAAUUUCUAGUUAUUUAUGUGUUUUUGUCGACAUAAAUGUAUAAAACAAUCUGCAAUAGGGGUUUGAAAUUGCAGAUUUCAGCAA